CAAAAAACUUCGACAGCUGGACACUCGCGCGAUAACAACAUUUUGUCGAGAUAUAUCUAUCAGUCACUUCCAACAUUAACGUCUUGUGUUGUCCAAGAAACUUCGAACGAAAUUCAUCAUGGCUCCCGAACGUGUUUGCCUUGCCUACUCUGGCGGUAAGUUGAGAGCUCCAGAAGCAAUAUCAUCAACAUCAACAUCAACAUCAGAUAUUCUGACCAAUUGACAGGCCUGGAUACUUCCACUAUUCUUAAGUACUGCGCCCCCCAUGUUUUGCUUUCUGACGGAUUGCGGCAAGGAGAAGACUACGACGUUGUCAAGUCUUCGAGCUCGAUGUGGAGACGACAAUCAUCGUGGCUCGUCCUUCAAGGCUAUGAGGUCGUGUGUUUCCUUGGCGACUGCGGCCAGGAGGAAGACUUCGAUGCCGUCAAGGCCAAGGCGCUGAAGCUCGGUGCUGAGAAGAUGAUCAUCGAGAACGUCCAGCAGGAGCUGAUUGACGACUUGGUGUGGCCCGCCAUCCAGUGCAACGCUAUCUAUGAAGGACAAUACCUUCUCGGCACAAGUCUAGCCCGGCCGGUAUUGGCCAGGGCAAUGGUGCAAGUUGCGAAGGAUAACAACUGCACGAUCCUCAGCCAUGGAUGCACCGGUAAGGGCAAUGACCAAGUCCGCUUCGAGCUGGCGUGGAAGGCAUGUGACCCUAAGAUGAAGGUUCUGGCCCCCUGGCGCAUCCCUGCGUUCUUCAACCGAUUCCAGGGACGUGCGGAUCUUCUUAAGUUCGCCGAGGAGCAGAAAAUCCCCGUCAGCUCCACUCCCAAGGCCCCAUGGUCUAUGGACGACAACAUCAUCCACUGCUCAUACGAGGCCGGUAUUCUCGAGCAAACCGAUAAGGAGCCCCCGAAGGACAUGUGGAAGCGCACAGUUGAUCCCCUGGACGCUCCCGAUAAGCCUACUCGCUUCACCGUCCACUUUGCUGAGGGUGUUCCCGUUAAGCUUGAAGUUGAUGGCAAAACCGUUACUGGCUCCUUGGAGAUCUUCAAGGAGGCCAACGAGUUGGGUCGUGCCAACGGUAUUGGACGCGAGGAUAUCGUCGAGUCGAGGUUCAUCGGAUUAAAAUCUCGUGGUUGCUACGAUACCCCCGGCUUGACUAUUUUGCGCAAGCUGCAUCAAAACCUUGAGGUAAAUUGUCACGUCCUUGAGCAUUGGAUUGGCUCAUGCUGCGGUGUUUGAUAUCCCUUGAUGCGAUUCCAGAGUCGUCUCUUGGGCCGAAAUUAUCUUGCCGUUUAGAAGCGGAGCUGCCUCAAGAGUCCUCGAAAGCCUUAAGGGCUCAGGCUACUGGCCAAAGCAGCUGGACCUCAGCCCCUGAGGCCCAUAGCUUCUGCAGUCCGGCCUUCAUGUGGCAGUCCUGACCAGCGCUCUGGGCUUGUGCCGUUGCUCAUUGCAAUACAAUACCAAUCCAGGGAGUCAAGAGUCACCUGAGCAGAGCCAAUCCAAACACUCUCUAUCUUGAAUAAGCUUAGGACUCCAGCUAACGAUUGCUCAGGGUCUCGUGAUGGAUAGCAAGGUGCGCAUCAUUCGCGACCGUCUCUCGGAUGACUGGGCGCAAUGUAUCUACAACGGAAUGUACUUUACGCCUGAACGCGAGUUCGUUCAGCAGGCGAUCUCUUUCAGCCAGAAGCAGGUUGAUGGCAAGGUCGAAGCUCUGGCUUACAAGGGCAACGUUAUCAUCGUUGGCCGCUCCAGCGAGACAUCCAAUCUCUACAGCGAAGAAGAGAGCAGCAUGGACACUCUUGACAUGGAUUGGAGUGUCGAAGACACAACUGGGUUUAUUAACGUGAAUGCUAUCCGCAUCGCCAAGUAUGGCGAGCGCAAGAUCAGGGAUGGCGAGCCCCUUUCCAAGCGUAAGUAGACAGACUUGGGAUGCUAGCCUUCCAGCGCUGCAGAAGCUUCUGGUAGACAGAGGAAGAUCGGCGAGAAUGGAAUGGUUUAUGUUGUGCUUGGACAUCACGAGUACGAGAAACAAUAAAAAAAAAGCUCUUGUGUAAUA